AUGGGUGUCCACAAUCUCGCAGAGUACGUAGCCUACCACCAAGCCAAGCUGCGUGAAGAGCAGGCCCCCAAAAGAAGAUAUGGUGUUAACCCAAUUCACAGCAAAUCCUCCUUCCAGACCUCCGUUCUCGGCGCCGACAAGCUCGUCGUCCUCGACUGCUUCGCCACCUGGUGCGGCCCUUGCAAGGUCAUCGCCCCCGAAGUCGUCAAGUUCUCCGAGGACCCCGACUUCAAAGAGAAGGUCGACUUCUACAAGAUUGAUGUCGAUGAGGUUCCCGACGUUGCUCAAGAGCUCGGUGUGAGAGCCAUGCCUACUUUCAUGCUCUUCAAGGGCGGUGAGAAGGUCGGCGAGGUCGUCGGUGCCAACAAGCACGCUCUCGAGAAGGCCAUCCGAGCCAACUUGUAA